ACUUGCAGGUCUGAUUCAGUAAUUGCAUGUUCCUGUUGUUUCGCUGCUCAAGGUUUUGGCAAAAUAUUGUGGAUAUCUGAGAGUCUAACGGAAUACAUCAAUCUAGUGUUGAAAUGAGGGUUUCAAGCUUUCAACGAGGAAUAUAAUUCAUGACCCAGAACGUUUAGAAUAGUAGAAGCCCUUCAAAGACACGCAAUUUAAGCUGAACGGAACUAAAGUCACUGGAAACUGAUCUUCCUAAGGAAUACUUGGCGUCAACACGCCUCCACUUACAAAGCCAAAUAUCUUGACCAAAAAACAAUGGAGAGGAUACCAGCAGAUACUGAAUUUGAAUUCUAAAGGACGAAGUGUAUGAUGGGAAAUCUCGUGAGCAAUGACUACGAGAAUGACGUCAGGGGUAAUCAUUUGGAAUCACCAGCCAAGGAAAGCAAGGGGCAAACCACAGCUGCACCCAGUGUCAGCCAGGGAACCAAGUCUGCAGGGUCUAUUUUUUCUCAAGUUCCAUUAUGGAUCAUAGCCGUGGUUGGCGUCCUUGCUGCAUUAGCCGUUGUGUUCUGUAUCUACUGCUGUUGCUGUCGAAAAUGCGGUAAAAAAGACAAAAAGGAAAAAGACAAGAAAAAAGAGCGCGUCGAUCUACAAGCUGUGAAAAUUGGCGCCAGUUACCAAGAGAAAGUACAGCCUUCGUUUGAUGAACUGGACUACAACAGCGAGGACUACUACUCUGAUCACAGCUCAGGAGUUAAGAUAGCUUUUACGUCAUUUACCGUUCAUCGAAGGACGCUGAAUCCCAUUUUCAACGAAACAUUUGUAUUCAAAAAUCUACCAUACAGCGAAAUAACCAAUCGUGUUCUACUAAUGGAGCUGUACGACUUUGAUCGGUUUUCUCGACAUGAUUUGAUUGGUGARGCAAGACUUCCCCUUAUAGACGUCGAUUUGGCAUCAACUAUUAACGAAUGGAGAGUUCUAACGCCGCCCCACUCGUCCCGCUCUGGUGCCUYGGUAUGUACUAUGGUACCACAAACUUAUAAAGGAUUUAAAACAUGCACUACCUCUAUUCUUUGGAAAUGUUCCGCUUUGCCAUUAYUCCAUUGUCCGAAKUCUUYSUKUAUAUUAAAGGACCAUGGUGAACCGGCAUUCAAUGCGAAUUUAACAAACUAUUCAUAUCSUAAUCCAGAUCCUUACGUGAAAAUCGCUUUGGUCCAAGAAGGUCGUAAAAUCAAAAAGAAAAAGACAACGGUCAAGAAACGCACAYUGGAUCCCUACUUCAAYGAAACGUUCACCUUCCAAGUUUCCUUUGAGAAAAUCGAGCAGAGUUCGUUAAUUAUUUCCGUGUUGGACUACGACAGAGUUGGUAAGAGCGAGGUUAUAGGAAAGUGCGUGGUGGGUGAGCUAUCGACCGGUGCGGACCUAAGGCACUGGGCUGACAUGUUGGCUGCGCCAAGACGGGCUAUUACACAAUGGCAUACAUUACACAAUUAAGCAUUACUGACAAGGAAUUAUGGGUCUUUUAGAUGAGUCACGUGACUUGUUUAGCACACGUAAACAAAUCACGUGACAACACGCGAAAUGGAUUAUAAACAUUAUAAAUCGGAUUCAUAAUCACUAGCAUAGAUUUACCACGUGACGUUGCACAAUAGAAUACUGUAAAAUGAAAUCACGUGACUUGAACCGUCACGUGACAAUUCAUACUGUAAUAUACUAGAAAAUUGGAAAUGACCUUUUGGACUUGGCAUUGCUCCACAAUGGCUCCUAUAUUACACAAAGGACCGUUGUGCUUUGAUGUAAGUAGGUCACGUGACAGGGUAGGUUAUUAAAAUAAUACAUAGGCUAUAUUUUAGUUGCCAUCUAGCAUUGUAGUUAUAUCAGGGUUUAAAAUCAUAUGAAAACAAAAUACUCUAUUCUGGAAGAAAAUGCUGUUUCCAUAAACGGAGCGAUUUUCAUUUGACCGUAAAGAAUUUUCAAUUUAUAAGACCACUUCCRCACGAGUCCAGCCUGAUWMAGUCGAUAGCACAUACUAAAGCCAGCCUGKACGUUCCUCGUUUCUGKCCUUGCAUGACGUCACUGAGCGACUCUUUCCGGCGACCGCCCGUUUAUCCUUGAGCGUGCUCGCCUCUGAAAUGAACGCCUGCACUCAAUCUAUUGUUUCUAUUUCUUUACAAGUAAUUAUAGCCAAACUAAAUUUAAUAGUCUUUCCGGCUUUUAUGGCAAAAUGAAAAUCUCUCCACUUUUCCACAAAGCAGCAACUUUGCACGGCAAGUUUUGAGAACAUGGUGGCGGCCCUACGCCAAAAUUCGCAUUAUUUUAUCAUAAGAAUUUUUUUUAGCUAUCUAAUAAUAUUACUUUACGAAAUAAAUUUGUAUAAAUGCACAAAGUGUAAGCAACAUUUAUGAUUAAAAGCCAAAUUCUCCUUUGAAUUACAAUAAAUUCAUUGAGAAAUUGGUUUUUGAACAAAAUGUAGUGCAAAGUGGCAACAUGCCUUUGCGCUGUGGUUUGAGAGAGAUUUGCUUUGGUAUGCACUGCUGUUUUGCUUUAAUACAUUGGUCUUAUCUGAUUGUUGACGCUCUAUUUUUUCAAGCAUUCUUGGGAAAAGUGCUGCAAACAUUGCAUAGUAUAAGGGGACGUUUAARAUACGAAAAAAGUCAGUUUGCUAGAUUGAAACUCGAUGAAAUUCCACAGGAAGGCAAUAGCUUAGGGUUUACACAUUGCAAUUGAUUUGCAAUGCAUUUUUUGUUUAAUAUUCAUUUCAGCUGUGCUGGAAUUACUGUGAGGGGURGGGGUGGGGGAGGGCAAGGUUAGCCUAAAUUCAAUUGAGUAUGUGGGACAUGUUAGCAACAAACACAAUUGACAAUUGAUAGAAAUGGGGAAAUAAAUCCUUAAMAUAUAGUCUUAGUUUGAUAAAUACAAAAGCACAUUUAUUGUAAGGCUCAAUAUGACCCUCUUGCGAUCAGAGUUUAAAAUCUCGUAUAAAUCUUGAAAAAUUCCUUUGAGAAUUUAGUUCUUGAUCAAAAGCAGUGGCCUAGUGCAACGAGUCUUUUAAUACUAGGACAUAGUUGUAAAAUUGAAUAUUUUAUUGGAAGAAAAAUAAACUUAAAUUCAUGCUCUGA